CGCAUUCCGAUCCACCGCCUAAGCGCACCGUUCUCAGACGAGCGAGGUGGACACGACGACCGGCACGAUGGACGAUAUCCGGCGCCGAAUGGCCGGUGACGUCGACGCUCACCCCGAGGAAUACGCGACGGGCAGCACGGGGGCACCAGAAUACGAAACGUUACAAAACGCGUCCAUCACCAAGAACAGCUGGAAGAACUAAAGGCCGGGUACGCCUUCCCAGAAAGCGCGAUGCUGCUGGGACUCCUGGAAUUAUUACGCGGAGACGCGCUACAGUGGUACCGAAACAACAAACAUCGGGGAAAAUUGAGGGCGAUUUGACCGCGCCUUUCGGGUACAACUUUUACCGCGACGUCAUCAGGCCGCAUUAAGACGAGAAAUAUCCGACCGCCGACAACGACCGGGUGAGAGUUUCAAAAAAUGUAUCGGCGACAUACUGACGUUGAUGCGCCGAGCCAGUGGAUUCUCCUCGAAAGAAACAUACGAAAGGAUAUACGAAAACAUGCGGACAGAGAUGAAACGAUACGUCCGGUAUAACGCAGCCGAAGGCAUCGACGAAUUACAAAUGCGAAUAACCGAACAAGAAGAAAUCGAGAAACUGUGCCGACAGGAAAAAAAGGCCGAACGCACAAAAAACGCAAAGCCAAACGUCGCCACCACAUAUAGCAAAGAGGAAUGCUGCUGGAGAUGCAAGCAACGGGGACACACACGCCGAACGUGCAAACGACCUCCACGAAAAUUCUGCUCGCAAUGCGGACGAGACGACGUUCUCAUAAAAGAGUGCCACCCCGCGCCGGGAAACGCUAAGCGGGCCGGCGGUCAAAUCCAGUGCCCCGAGCUCCGCAUAAAGUAUGAUCCGAGACCGCACACAAGAAUAAAAAUAGGCAGCACUCGCUUCCGGAAGCUCAUAGAUACUGGGGCGGAAAUAUCAUUUAUUAACGAGAAAACUGCGCAACAGCUACAACGAUAUGGGCACAAGAUACAAGCACAUGACGGAGAAAUACAAAUAGCAAAUGGGGAGUCUGUCCCAAUACCAGGAACCAUCACCGUGCCCGUACGCAUUGAGAGAAAAAUCCUCCAACACAAGUUCGCGAUACUACUGACAUUAGAAAGCCCGGUACUUAUGGAAGUGGACCUAUGGGCACGAAAAACGAUCCGGUUAAAACCAUCCCGAACGAACCAACGGAGAGGCAACACACCACUAUGCACGGUGUAACGUUCUGCUAAUUUUAAAAACUAUAUUUUAGCUAGUAAUUAAGUACCGCUUUUAUCCCUGCAAAAUACCUAUAGAAUAAUUAUGUAAUCCAUUUGCUUUUAUUUUAAUUGUUAACCAAUUUCAUUAAUCGCUUAUAAUUCUAGUUCCAUAUAGUUAUUUAGCCUAAAACCGAAUAUAUUUUAAUCCUGUUAGUAAUAAUAAUCGAUGGCGCAAGGAAUUGAGAAUUCCUUAGAUCGACGAAUCAGGAAGUAUUAUUUAGAACUAGCUAGCUGUACAGCAGUGACUUUCUAGAACUAACCUGCUGAUUACUUUAAGAACGAACUUGCGAGCGACUUUCACACUCGAUAAUAUCGAUACUAAUAUCUAACUUUUAAGAUUUUAAUAUUUAAUCGUACAGACAAAUAUAUAUAUAAUAA